AAGAAGCUGUGCUUGAUUAGAUUUUGCUGCAGUGAAAAAAGGCAGUGGAACCAUUGACACUUGUCCAGUCACAAUGGCUACCUUUUGUCAGUUUUCCUUUUUUAUAGCUUUUGGCACUCUUGUUUCAGUGUAUGCAGGUAACAAGAUGAAACUGGACUGUCAGCAGGAUUUUGUUUCAUUGGUAUGGACAGAGACCAGACCACAAGUAGAUACCUCACUGUAUCGCCUGGGUAACUGUUUUCCCACCAGCGUAAUGGCCACUCAGGCAAUUUUUAAAGUCGAGCUUAAUGCUUGUAAAUUCAGGCGAAUGGUCACUGGAGAUCUUCUGCAAUAUAACAAUAAUCUUACAUAUGUGUCAUCUGAGUCACAGUUUCUUCCCUUCAGUCACCCGGUUACAUGUGUUUAUCAAAGGCCGAAGGACUGGUACCCUAUGAUCUAUAAUCCUUUUUUUGAGACAUAUGGCCAAGGAGAACUUCUUUUCCAUGCUAAAUUCAUGAACAAUGAUUUCACAGGGCCAGCUGAGUCCUUCAGUUUUCCUUUAGGCUCUCUUAUCCCAAUUAUGGCAAGUGUGCAGCAGGCAUCUCACCAGCCAUUGCAGAUCUUUAUAGAAGAAUGUGUUGCUGCCACCACACCACAACUAUUACCAAAUGGUGAUAAAUACACAAUAAUAACCAAUAAAGGAUGUCUUGUGGACAGUAAAGUCUCACGCUCAAGAUUUUUACCACGCCAAAAAUCAUCACAAAUCCACGCAUUACUCCAAGCUUUCAGGUUUUCAACUGGGGAACAGGUAUACCUUCAUUGCACAUUUGUGGCAUGGGAUCCUGUUGGAGUUGAUAAGACAAAAAAGGCCUGCAACUAUAUCCAAGGCCAUGGGUGGGAACUGGUAGACAACCCCUCAUAUAGCAGUGUCUGUGACUGCUGUGAAUCAAGUUGCAAUGCAAGGAGGAGGAGAAGUACUUCAUACGGAAAUCAUGAAAUGGUUCAUGAAGCAGUGCUUGGACCAAUCACAAUUACUGACUGAAGUCUUAAUUUACCAUUUUACUAUUCAUUUACAACAGUACGCCUUCAUUAACCAACACCCUCUCUGAUCCAGAGACUUUUCUAAGACAACUCCAGAAAUGCAUUAUUUUAUUAAAAAACUGAAAAGUUCCA